CUCAAACUUUGGGGCUCUAGCUAGUUUUUGUGUUUUUACUGUGUUGCUCAUGCUGGGUGGGAAGGUUUUUUAUUGCAAAUUUAGUUUUCUUAAAAUUUACCUGCUCAGCAUCAGCCACAUACCCCGGAGUUGGCGGGUUCAAAUCCAGCCUGGGCCUGCCAAACAACAAUGACAAUUAGAACCAAAAAAUAGCCGCGUGUUGUGGCGGGUGCCUGUGGUCCCAGCUGCUUGAGAGGCUGAGGCAAGAGAAUCGCUUAAGCCCAGAAGUUUGAGGUUGCUGUGAGCUUUGACGCCACAGCGGCACUCUACCCAGGACGACAGCUUGAGACUGUCUCAAAAAAAAAAAAAAAAAAAAAAAAAAUUUACCCUGACUUACUGUUGAUUAUAAUCCAUUCUGUGUCAGUUUUGUAAAUUGCAUUUUUCAGAGUAUUUGUCCAUUUCAUCUAACUUUUGGCAUCAAGUUGUUCAUAAUAAUAUAACACCUUUUUCAUGCCUCUAGGACCUGUGGUGAUGAACCCUCUUUCCUUGUAUUGCUGGGUUUUAUUCUCUUUUCUUGGUCACCAGGCCAGUUGUUAAUCAAUUUUUGUAUUUUGUUAUGAGAACCAGCUUUUGGCUUUGUUAAAUUUCUCUAUUGUUUGUUUUCAGUUUCAUUGAUUGGUGUUCUUUAUUAUGUCCUUCCUUCCAUUUCCUUCCGAGUUUAUCCUGCUAUUUUUUGGCAUUAUGAGGUGGAACCAUAAGUCUUGAUAAUGUGCUGUACUCCUGUUCUCCAGAGAAACAGAACUAAUGUCUUUGUCUGUCGGUCUGCCUUUCUAAGGAGGUUGUUCCAAGGAGUUGGCUGACGUGAUCAUGGAGUCUGCGGAAAGCUGGGUGUGAUCCUAGUCCAAGGGCAGGAGGAGACCAGUAUCCCACCUCAAGCGUCCAGAUUAGCCUAACAUGGCAGACCAGAGACAGCGCUCACUUUCUACCUCUGGGGAGUCACUCUACCACGUCCUCGGACUGGACAAGAAUGCAACUUCAGAUGACAUUAAAAAGUCCUAUCGGAAACUUGCCUUGAAAUAUCACCCCGACAAGAACCCUGAUAACCCAGAGGCCGCAGACAAGUUCAAGGAGAUCAACAACGCCCACGCCAUCCUGACGGACGCCACCAAAAGGAACAUCUACGACAAAUACGGCUCCCUGGGGCUCUACGUGGCUGAGCAGUUUGGGGAGGAGAACGUGAACACCUACUUCGUGCUCUCCAGUUGGUGGGCCAAGGCCCUGUUUGUUUUCUGUGGCCUCCUCACCUGCUGCUACUGCUGCUGCUGCCUGUGCUGCUGCUUCAACUGCUGCUGUGGGAAGUGCAAGCCCAAAGCGCCCGAGGGUGAGGAGACAGAGUUCUAUGUGUCCCCCGAGGACCUGGAGGCACAGCUGCAGUCUGAUGAGAGGGAGGCCACAGACACGCCAAUCGUCAUACAGCCUGUGUCUGCCACUGAGACCACCCAGCUCACGGCUGACUCCCACCCCAGCUACCACACUGACGGGUUCAACUAAGUGCAGGAGGAGCUGUGGCCAGAGGCGGGACCAGUGCCUGCCCCCAACCUUAGCAUCAUGAACUGUAGUCACAGAGAUGGGGAGGCUGCCACCUACCUGCCGCAGCCGCGCUGGGCCCCUCCUGCCGCCUCCAUGCCCGCCCAGCAUCGACCCUUGACCCACGAAGUGCGUAGCAUGCAGUAUUUAAAGCAGUGUAGCUACGGUCUUCUUCUGUUUUUCCUUCUUUACUAGCAUGUGUGAGGUUGUGUUCCAUGUCUGUGUUGUGGACGUGCUGCGGCUGGGCUGUGGUAGCUGGGUGAGGGAGCUGCCUUGGGCUUUCGGUCAGGUCCAUCUAGUGAGGGUUGACCAUAGCCGCCAGAUGCUGCCUGGCCAGGUGGGCAAGGGAUGGAGAGAACUGUCCUUUCUUGUCCUGUGGUCUCGGUGGUGGGAGGCAGGUAUUGCCCACAGGAAUGGUGACUCGGUGUUGGCUGCAGGGUCUGGUCUGUGCUCUAUGUUCCCAGCCCCAAGGCCACAGCAGGUGAUAUCACCUGCUAGGGAAGGGGCUGGGCCACGUCCUCCCAGCACCACCAGCUUCCUCGUCUGCUCCACGGUGCUUGUAUUGGGCACAGCUCACAUGGCUCUCUUCACCUGUUGAUGGGGCCUCCAGCAGGGUUGUUCCUGGGGUCAGUCUGUGACAGGUGGUGUAGGAGCCCAUCUGAGCCUGAGGCCACGCUCUGCAGUGUGUCUUUCUUGGGUCUCCUUGUCUUGUGGCUGUGAGGUUCCUAUCUUUGGAGCUGUGUCCUUUACCAGUGUCUUUCCCCAGACAGCAAGCUGGACUAUUUGGGCCAUGUCUCUCCUCUCCCCUGCCUUGGGUCCUCCACAUUCCUUUAGGUCACCUGUCCUUUCUGGACCUUUAGAACUACAAUGAUGGGACCAGCGCAAUUAGUCACAGUCCCAGGGGCUGUGAGUUCCAGUGUGGGUGGUGCAUGUGUGAGCGUCCUGCCCUGGGAUGGGUGCCCCCCAGGCCCCCUUCCGAGUGCUGGCCAGAGCUCCCCCAACCCCACUAGCCUUCAUCUGUCCUCCAUGAUCAGGCAAGACCAGAGAGCUGGGUCCCUGAAGGCAGGGCCGGCUGGGCUUUGUGAACUGUUGGGAGUUGGUCCUACCUGUCUGUAUCCCAGAAUGGGUGGGGAGCUGAAGAAAUGUAGGUAUGACUUGCCCAGGGUUCAGAGCUCUCCUAGGGCCAGCAGCUGCCCUUGUCCUGGCCAUGAACCCUGGAGCAGAGUCCAGGGCUGGUUUCUGCAGAACUUAACUUUGGUUGCUGCCGAGCAUCUCUGACUUCCAGUAGCAAUGAAUAUGAGGAGGAGGCAGUGGUGCCUGAGGUGGCUCUGGCUCGACCACACCAGAAGGGGCUUCCAAAUCCCACUCCGCCCCACCCACCUGCUGACUCUACCGCAGCUCACCUCUGCCCUUGUUGCCCACCCAGGGCUGUGCAGAGAAAAGACAUGCUAAGGAACGUGCUGCUGGUGGAAGUGCCCCUCCAGGCCCAGGAAACCUGUGUGAUGGCCCAGACCAUAGACCUGGCCUGGCCAUGAGCCGGCUGCCAGCACCACGCCCCUGUUGUCCCAUUUUGCUUUGCUUUUUAUCCAUUACGAUGAUCAUGAAGACUUUGGUGAGAGGGAAGAUACACAUCAUGAUGUUAAGGAGAAAUGAUUUGUUAAAAUCAGACCCCUCAUAAAAGAAUAAGAGAUUUAUUGUUUGACCCCUCCUGAAACAAGGGAGGAGGAGCAAUAAUAGGGAAUCUUCUUUGCUGAUCCCAAUACAACAAAGAAUUCAGCCUGAGAUGCUGCUAUAGCCAGUCUUUGUGAUGUUUCUGGAGACAGCAUAGGAAGUAAUUUGUUUUCUCCCUAGAAUGGCCAAGAGCCAGAUUCAAAGCUUGGACAGCGGUGGAAAGCUGUCUGUCUGCGAGCUGGGUCCCAGCUCCACCUGGCCUUCUGGGGGUCUCAUGUAGCUCUUUUAUACCUGUCCCAGUGGGCCCCUUACCAGGUGGCUUCUCAGGUCCAAGAUCCUAUUGGCUUUUCUUACAAGUACGCAGCUCCUCCUGGGUGGUAGGGUCCGGCAGAAAGAGCAGCAGGUCAGCAAGAUCAUGGAACCCAGUCCAUUGCAUAAUUUGUAAAAACCUAAAUAAAUCGUGAUGGCCAUGACAGCAGUUCUCAGAGUGAUGAUCAUGAUCACACAGCCCCAAAGCACCUGGGCAUCCUAGACAGCUGGGCCCAGGGUUCUUCAUGCUGCUUGACCUUGAGGCAAAACCCGUUUUCUGUGACCCUGUUGGUUGUAAGACCUUGUCUUGAUUCAAGGGAAAAAAUCUCCUCAGUUUCAUUCUUUUUCUUGAGUGGACUCUUGGUCUCCUUUGAAUAAGCAGAGCUGGUGUCCUAGGCUGGUGUCCCUGCUCACUUGCUAACACAUUGGACACCCUGCCUAUUGGAGGUGACGGGAGCACGGGGGCUCCUCAGCCCCACUCCAGGAUGCAGCUGGGACACCUUGCCUGUUGGAGGUGAUGGGAGCACAGGGGCACCUCAGCCCUACUCCAGGAUGUGGCAUAUUGCUAGCGGGUGCUGGGUCAGUGCAUGUUGGAGACCCAUCAGUUCCCAGAGCAGAGGUGGCCCCUAAGGGGUCUGGCAGUGCCGACCACUUCUUACCAUUGGGAAGCGCAUGCAAGAGCCCAUAGGCCCCAACCUGGCAGCUGCGGUGUAGAUUUCUGUGCCCUCUCAGUGUUAUGGACUCGUCUUGUCUUCCUUCUGGCUUUAUUUUUAGCUAUUACUGCUUGGAGUUUGUGAACCUCCCUGGUUCUCUGAUGUGCAGUUAACGCACCAGUACCCAGUGGGACUUUUUAGAAAAAGAAACCCCAGUGUGCUACAGUUGGCAGGAGGCUCUGUCCUUGUUAUCUGUGGACUUGAUCCUAAGGCCCAGUCCAGGAAAGGCCUGUAGCAUGAAAUAGUCAUGACUGUCCUCAGACCUUCGGCCUGUGUGUCACCAGCAGCAGUGCCCGUUGUCCUGUGGAGCCUGUGACAGUCUGCUCCAGUGAGCCCUGUGCAGCUGCUGGUCUGGGGUGCUGCAGGCAGAGUGCAGGUGGGUCCUAUCCACCCUCCUCUGGCUCUCAGCGCACCUACCACAGGGUAGCUUUUUAGGGGGAUAAAAAGUGAUCUCAUUCCUUCCGGUUUUCUGAGCUGUGCACCCAUAUGGCACAGGACUGGCCUGUGGUUAGUUUGGUUGUUAGUCAUCCUCCUGUGGAAUUAACAAAAGCUACAUUUUUACUGUCCUUACAAGCACGGUUCAUGUUGUCACAUGCUGUGAAUGUGGGCUGUAGUGUGUGUCCGUGUGUAUGCAUAUGUGUGUAUGUAUGUAUCACGCAUCAGGCGUGUCAUGCUGUCUGGCAGUGAAGCAAAAAGUACAAUAAAAGUUGGCUCUGAAAUGGCCUCUGUUUAUCCGCAAGUUGGAGGGACAGGGUCUCCACAUGGUUCUGAGGGGUGCACAGAGGGGAAACACCCAGGCUGUGUGUAUAAGGACUGCGUGUGCCUGAGUACAUCAGGCAUUGUCAGCGUAAGAGUGAUUGUCACAAACACCUGCCCAUCCCUGGGGGCUAUCAUGCUCACUUACCUAACCUGCAAGAGUGACCCCAUGUGAAAUCUUAGAGGUAACGGAAAACCCUCCCCUCCCUUGAAACAUUAAAACCAGUUUUCCAGGCAGCAGAUACAGUCAGUAGCAAAGUUGCAUCUGAAGGGCAGCCUGGGAAUGGACUCUGCCCAGCCACAUGGGAGUGGGCAGGGGCCACAGCACCAUCCUACAGGGUGGGGACUGGGCCCAGGACCUUACAGGAGGUACCUCUGGGUAGAUUUUUGUUUUUCUGGAAAAUGGGGAUAGUGUUUCCAGCCAAGUGAGGAUAGGAAGUUUACUCUGAAACAUACAAAACCUUGUUUUUAAAAUUAAAAAACAAAUGCAUGGAAGUCAUCUGUCCAUGCACUGGCUUUGUCCAGACUGUGUUGGGUGUAAGCUGCUGUCAGGGCCUCCAGCCAACCCAGCAGUACAUGCACAGGUAAGGCCAGGCUGGCUUCACAGAGUGGCUACUGUCUCACUUGUUGGAAUGUUGACUUAAAAAUAACUGUUGUAAAAUAAAUGUUUUCACUGCA